AUGUCACAGCUCCAAUCACACGCACUAGCAGACAACACAAAUCAACAAGCGCAAAGGGGGGCAAAAGACUCAUUUUAUGUAUCCAAAGGCAUAUCGUAG